CAAUGAAAGACUCUACCAAGAGGUCCAUCAACAGCGACUGGAAGAUCGAGCUUCCUGGAGAGUUCCAGCUGGCCGGCACUACAGUGCGCUACGUCCGGAGAGGACUCUGGGAGAAAAUGUCCGCCAAGGGACCCACCAAGACCCUGCUGUAUCUCAUGGUGCUGUUGUUCCAUGACCAGACCUACGGGAUACACUAUGAGUACACAGUGUCUCUGAACGUAACUCCGUCUCCCCUAGGUGCUGUUGUUCCAUGA